GCACCACUGCACUUCAGCCUGAACAACAGAGUGAGACUCCAUCUAAAAAAAAAAAAAAAACUUGAACUUUGAAUUCAGAGUCAGAUUUAAGCUGACUCUACCCCUCUUCCCUUUCUUCUGAAGAUUCUGGUUUUUCACGGGACAGAAAGAAGGAUGGAACCAGGAGCUUAUCCCCUUCCUUCCUUGGAAGCAGCAGCAGCAGCCAUUGAAAGCCAGACAGCACGGGCUCCCGUCCUGCCCAUUCCCAGGGAACCCAUGCGGGAAGGGCUUUUCCCAGCGCCUCUCCUGUAGCACACAGCCUUGCCCUGUGCUCAGCCUUCCCAGCUGGAGCAAGUCCCAACAGCGCCUUGCCAGGCGGCGAUGUCACCUUCCCCGGGCCUGUGGCCUUAGGACUUCCCUUGCCAGUGGUUCAUAUUCCUUUAAAGAUCCUGUAAAUAAUUUGGCAUUAUAUGGAUCACUUGCUGCUUCUAUAUGAAACAUGCCUUAUAAACACUUAGUACUGCCUGACUUCAGACUGUGGAAAUAUCUGCAUGAGUAUUGGUUAUCUCUGUACUGGAAAUUUCAGUGCCACCUCUACACUAACAGACACACUCGGGAUGUGCCAUGUGUGUUGUAUGAGGGUAUCAUAGAACGUUUUAUUGUCCAUGGCGGUACAUUUCACAUCGUAGGCUGGCUGUGGCUACUCGUGAACCUUAAACAUCUGAAUUUACCCUCAAGUCUUCUUCUGGUGAAGCGUGGGGUCUUAACUCACUUUGGAAGGAUGGAACGGUUAAGCAGCAUAUGAUUUCAUGACCCAGUGACUGGCACUGCGUUUGUGUGAGCAAUGCCACCUCAGCCCCUUUGUGUUGAUCAUCUUUAGGAUCUUCAGGAACACUGAGAAUUAAUCAUUCUUUGCAUGCAUAAACGUGUGUAAAGGUCGGUCUACAUUUCUGCCGUUGCUCACAGAUAAAACACAUUCAUGAUCUCGGCCGAAUUCCAAGAGGAUGUUUUCCUGUCCCUCAAAACCACAGCGCAGGUUUUCACCGCUGGGACGUAGGGAAGGUACAGCACUCAGGGUGGGGGUAUGUUUCCUUGACUUCUCCAGAAUAGCCCGACCCGUCCUCCUUGUGAGCACAGAAUUACCCAGAAAUUUGAAAAGGAAAACAGUUUAUUGGAACAAAUAUGCAAAGUGAUUUGUUCUUUUCACAGAGAAGGUAAAUAGUGUGUCAGCCGUCAAGGCCCUUACGUACACGGAUCUGGCCGUGGAGCGAUGAACUUGUAAAAGAACGUCGGGGGGAAGCAGAGAAAGGGGCUGGGCCGUUGUUCUGCAGCUGUGUUCUUUGUCUGGUUCAUGCAUGCAUCUCCGGUCUAUGCCUGGCCAGCCGUGUCCACCUGCACGCGCCAGGAGCCCAAGGUGCCUGGUUAAUAUGCAAUUCUCUCAACAUCUUCCCCGUAGGAGCAACAGUGCCAUGGAGGUCCCAGCCCCUGCUGAGGUUCUCAGAGGUCCCGAGCCCCUGAAGCAGUGUGCAGCCUGGCUGAAUGCCUAUUUCCAGCAGCCUGAGGCCAUCGAGGAGCUCCCCGUGCCGGCUCUUCACCACCCCAUUUUCCAGCAAGAGUCGUUCACCAGGCAGGUGUUAUGGGAGCUGCUGAAGGCUGUGAAAUUCGGAGAAGUGGUUUCUUACCAGCAAUUAGCAGCCCUGGCAGGCAACCCCAAAGCCGCGCGAGCAGUGGGAGGAGCGAUGAGAAGCAACCCUGUCCCCAUCCUCAUCCCGUGCCACAGAGUGGUGUGCAGCAGCGGAGCUAUGGGCAACUACUCUGGAGGACUGGCGGUGAAGGAAUGGCUUCUGGUCCACGAAGGCCACCGGGUGCGGAAGCCAGCCUCGGGAGGGAGCUCGGGUCGGGCAGGGGCCUGGCUCGGGACGGUGGGGCCCACCUCGGGCUCCCCGCCUGCUGGCCCCAACUGAGUGAUGCUUAAACGACACACACAUGUAACACUGCAUCAGACGUAGGGUGUGGGGACACGGCUAUAUUAAAGGAGGUGACUGUUUCCUGGGGAACGAACGUGUCUGCCCUCUCUGUUUCCGUGUUUUCCAGCGUCGUGAGUUCAAAGCCACGCAGCCGUGAAUACAUACGUUUCCUUCCCUAACGCUGCCAUUGCUGUUCUUCUUGUCCAUUAAAACAGGCUGAGCAAGUGGGGAGGGCCUGGCCCGUGUUGGGGCCACAGCCCACCCGCAGGCCACAGACAACUGCCACAGCUGCCAUCCGAGGCCAGCUUCGGCCCGUCCCAGGCCAUCCACACUCGAAAGCUGGCCCUGUCCCAGCAUAUGCCCACCAUGCCGCCCUCCUGGCUGUGUCCACGCAGUGACGACGUUUCCCACUCACAGUUCCUCACAUCCCACACUCAGGUCUCACUGAAGGAAAGGGGAGCCGGCCUUGGGAGCCGAUGCUUGUAGAGGUUUUUAUAGCUUUGUUUUCCACCUGCCAGAAAGGCUAACGCAAGAGGCAUCCACCUAUGACCUGUAUCGGGUGGGUAGAAAACAACCAUAUGCCAAGAUUUGGCGAGACAAAGAGCUCUCUGCACACGGUUCAGUGGAGCUUGCACCUCUCUGGGAGCUGGAGUCUCGCCCUCUCUCCAUGUGCCCUGGCCUAGUGUGGCCCGGGCAGCAGGUAGGAAGGGACCUGGGCUUCUCAUCUCGGGGGCUGCCCCAAAGGGGCCUCAGGGACCAUGGGCCUGUUAGGACCCCAGCACCCCAGUGUCGAUCCUGGAAGUCAAAGGUCACGACCCUAGUGGGCCAGCUCAUGUCACUGAUGGCAGCAGGGAGGGUUUCUGGCGUUGGCCGCGUGCUACCGUCUGAUGCCUCAUUCUCGUGUUGUCCUUCUAGCCGUAUAAUUGACAGACUCCAAAAUUCUGAAGGGAAACCUGGCGCUCUGGAGGUAGAUGAAUAAAACAGAGCAUGUGAUGUAUAGAGAAAGAACCCGCACCCACCUGGGCACCAGAGUGCCGGGUUCUUACCCAGCAUUCUUUGCCACAGUGAACCACAGCAGGGAAGCUGGUGCGGUUCUGUACGUCACCGAGGCCUGGAUGAAAGCGUGGCCUCGCGACAUGUGUGAUCAGGACCUGCCUUGUAUUUCAUGUUGUCUUAACACCAACAAAAGAAAUCAGAUUUCGGGCUUUUCUCGCUGAUUUAGGGUUUAUCAUAUCCGUUUCUGGCAUCAGUCAAGUUCUGGGUUUUUCCUGUGACAGUCACGUGACUCUUGCCCCACUCUCUUCACUCUUGCUGCUUUUGAAGCAGGGGAAGUCGCACAGCAGGUCAUGCAGACACGUGCUGUUUUGUGGGACGGGCCCCUGGGCCUCCUUGCUCCAGGCAGGCCUUGGGUACUGCACACCGUGUGUCACCAUCAGGACUCACAGGCUGUCUGGUCAUUUUUGACAUUGCCGAAGGUGAGUGGGAAGAGCUGGGUGCCGUCUGCCCCAGAGGUGGUGCCUGCGUCCCCCACAGAGAAUGUCCCUUUCCAGUGAUGGCAGGUCACCAGGCCCAGCAUUUCCCUCUGUGUGAACAGAAUGCUUCUGGCUCUCUAAGGCAGCAGCUUGGGGCCUGGUGGCCCUGGUGUGCGAGCCGCGAGUGCUUUCCAACAGAGGGCACCAGAGCCGUGCGGUGUGCCCUGGAGACCCCGGCACCACUUCCCUGCUACAGGAUGGAAUUGAAGGAGGGCGACCCGGCAGCACCCCAGUGGAUGUCUCCUCUGCACCCUGAGACCCUGCAGGCCACCCCCCGCAGCCACACGCCGACUGGCAGACACCCAUGCUGCGUGCAGCCUGCCUCCGCUGUUUGGGUCCCAUGAACGAUGGGAGCCUUCCAGUGAGAUCUCCAGGUCUCUAAGCAGGCACAGGCUCGGAGGGAGGGUCCUGGGUCCACAUGACUGCAGACAGCGAGGGCCGAGCCCCCAGACCCAGAUCAGCUCCUGGCAGCAGGGGACCUGCCCAUCAAAGCCGUCCAAGGUGAGCCAGCAGCUCCGUGUGGCCUGGGAUCACAUGUGGGCCUGUGUGGGCCAUACCCUCGGUGCAGCACAAAGCCACGUUCUGCAUCCUCUCCCAGGUUUCCACGGCGCUGUAGCACAGGCUUGAUAGAUGCUCCGAGGUUCCUCUGACAGCUGCAGCAGCAGGGCGCAGACCGACGGGGCCAUGUACCGCUCCAAGGACAAGCUCUGCGGAGGCCGACAUGAAAAGCCAGCGCGUGGGUCGCCUAGAGCCACUCUGGCUCCAAGCUGCAGCACGGUUCGUGAAGAUACAGAGGGAGAGGGCAGGCACAAAGAAAUUCAAAAAUGUUUUCCAAAUAAAAAGAAAUGUUGAAACAAGAAAGCUGUGUUCUUCGGCCUUGGCUCCAGGUCCCCUCACCCUGUUGUGUCCCCAACCCCUGAUGCUUUGAAGGCUGACACCAGCCCCGGGUCCCCUCACCCUGUUGUGUUCCCAGACCCUGAUGCUUUGAAGGCUGACACCGACACCCGCCGCAACGGAACAGCCACCUCGCAGCUGCUCAGACCCACCGCGCCAGGCUCACCUGCUUCCAGAGAGAAUGAGAGUCAGAAGUAGUGUGUGUUUUUGCAGAACCACACUGGGAACAAAAUAGUCGCCCUUGGCCACGCAGGACACUGGGUUUUGUGAGGGGUUGUCCUCCCAGUCUCUUUUCCCAUUGGGAACAGAAGGGUCCAGUAAAGCCACCCACAUUCCACGUGUCCUGUGGCCGCCUCCAGUGGUGAGUCUAUGAGGCCAAAGAGGAGAAGCUGUGACCGUGCAGACGCACCUGUUAGGGUGUUGGUGAACGCAGAAUCGGGCAGCUGGAAGAGCGCUCGCCUGAGGAUUUGCAGACCUUAUGGGCACGAAUUUGCGCUUCCAGAUGUGAAGGUUGCAGGCUAGGGCGUUGCAGAGGAAGCAGGCAAGCUCACCUUACAGGGAACUUAAUUGGCGUUUGUAAUUUGUAUUCACUUUUUACCCAGCAGAAACAGCUUACUAAAUACCCCUCUGGUGGCUGGAUAACAUGCCAACAACUGAAACCAUCUGUGAGACCUGAGUGUCUCUGGUGCACAGCGCCCCAUGUGCCUCUCCAGAAUCCCAUUUGGAGGCUCCAAGCAAGUCCAGUAUAGAUACGUUUACACUGGAAUCAUCAGUUUUGUUUCUUAAUUUGUUUGUAAACAGCAGUAUUACCCUGGAACCUAUUUCCUACAAAACUGUAAGAUAA